GUUAGACAGUGGCAUGCUUCUGACAUGUCUUGCUAUCCUCGACUGCCCCUGAACAAUCUUGAAUAUCAGCUUCGCUAAUUAUUUAGUGAUUCUAGAGCUCCCUACCAGUUUCCACAAAUAUUUUCGAACCCCCGUCUAUCUUUAUCACCUACUCAUCAGCUUCAGCGUCCAACGCAAACACCGGGCUAUUCCUCGUCGUAUUUCUCGCGGUCAGCACAUUUGUGACUAUGGUUCGACAAUACCCCCAAACGCAACUGCUGCGCUACGCAAGACGAUAUAAAGGCAAUCUACGAGUCGACUUCGCAACGGUCGAUAUUCAAGGGAAAUGGGCCAGUUACCUCCAAAAGGAACAACUCAAUGUGCACUACAAACGCAGUCGGCCCUGCGAUAUGGCCAGAGGACUUGGGAAUGUUAUGGCUACACUCCGUGGACGCACUUACCACGGACUGAAGAAUAUCAGAAUUGACCCUGCCACACGACCGGACAUACCGGUAGCUGACUUCUUCGUUAAUGCGCCCAAGAACGCCCGAAUGGAGUACAAGGUGCCCAUUUCGCGUAUCAGCAAUGGACCUGUAGUCUUGCGAGCCUUGCCCGAAGUGCCGAAACCAAGGACUUGGACCAAAGCUAUGCGCAAAUCAUCGGGUCCGAAUUACCUUCUUCUAACGCCGAAGGAACCUGAUUACCUACUCCUAGUCAACUCUUUCUUCGAUCAUUUCGAGACCGAAGACCUUCCUCCCUUGGUCGCAGCAAAGUUCCCUGACCGCCACCAAAAAACCAUUUCUAUCGCCUCAGGGACGCAUACUAUCCUUCAUCACGCAGUUUCUCGGGAGGUUAUUCAAGGUCUCGUCCACAUCACGGAAGAAGGCGUUGUCGACGGCCUAAUUUGGUCAGUGGGUGAGAGCGGACGGAACGACGCACCAAAACAUGUCACUAUCCAAGAACAAACAAUCAGCCUUGAGGAACUUUUUGACGGAGAACAUGCCGACUGGAUAUUACCUUCCUUUGCACCGCAACGGUCGAUCCUGGACCCAUCUUUAUAUCCGCACAAUCUCACCCACGGAGGUGGGAUUAGCACCAACAAAGGCCUCUGUCAAGGCAAACCGAUGCUAGAAAUCCCGUUCUACUUCGACCACAUCGGCAAUGCGGCAGAUUUGGCCGGCAGUGGAACGUCGGAGGUACUCCACAUGUUCCAUUUCACGACUGAUAAACUCUUACGCAGGGUUUUGGGCGCUGAUCUGAUUGGAAAAGUUCUUUAUGAUACUGAAGCGAGGGUUGUUGAUGGAAGGGAGAUCCGUCCAAUACAUCUGCAAACAUCGAUUAUGCCGAUGCUGGCUUGCAAGGAACUGUGA